GUGUAAAGUUCAAUAAGAUGGCAUCCACCUCCACAACUCAGCAUGUGCCAGCGUGGAAAAGACUUGGCUUGCGAUUGAAGUAUGCUAAAGAGUCUGCCGAGCCAACACCGCCGGAGCGAGCCACGCUUUCAAGUCGAGAUCUUGCCUCGCCUCCGUCCGUGGCUAACAAUAAACGCUCCAACAACGGAGAUUUCCAUUCAGAACCAAAGCGGAUCCGACUGGCUCAGAAGCAACAAAGUCACGCUUCGGACUCAGGGCAUCGUCAGGACCGCUCCACUCCCGCUUCCAAGCGUGAUCACUUCGCACCGGUUGAGGUUGCAUCUGAAGCCGUUGGUAGUGUAGAGAGUGCACCAGACCAAGCCACAGUCAUUCCCGAAGCAGCAUAUGCGAACCAGUUCAAUGUGGAGACUGACACGGGCGCUACGGUCGGUGAAAGAUCUCGCAGGAAAUCAGUAGCUUUCACACCUGACACGAAAGCUGAAGACGGUCACAACGACGAGUCAUCAUCAGCGAGGAGCACGGCCAACGAAGCUUCGACUGACGAGGACGUCCCAAACCAAGCAUCCUUUCCGGGACCGUCGGCCGCUCCCACUCGAAAGCAGAAGAAGGCCAAGCAUCCAACGGCCAAACUCUCGAGCGAGGAGUCUGCACGGACCGAGGACAGCAAAAUUCAAACUCCAGAGCCUAGCCAACCGGAAUACGUUCGUUAUUUGGAGCAGUAUCACAACAACAAAGCCGAUUGGAAAUUCAACAAGAACAAGCAGAAAGACUUGCUCAAGAAUUUGUUCAACGUACACCGCUUACCGACCCAGUUCAACAAGGCUCUACUUGCGUACGUCGCCGGACUUCAGGGUGCGGCAGCUCGCGAGCGGGUUCUGGACGACGCCGAAGCUGUUUUGAAGCAAAUAUUGAAAAGGCAAGGCAACGCGCCCAACAUCGACGGUAUGGAGUCACGGCAAGAUCGAAGAGUGGCGUACGAGGCUGCGCUACGACGCCAGAUCCAGAUCUCCGAGGACAGUGGGACUAUGCGAAACGAGCACGACCAACAUAAUCUCCACGAGAUUCGAGAAGAAGCUGAGCGCGGAAGACGUGCGGAGGCGGUGCUCGCGGAAAUGCUUACGAGCGAAACGAGCGAGCUGUCUCCGAGCCAGGUGCAGCGUCCCUCCUCAGAGGUAACGACAUCGCAACCUCGAGCGGCGUCGGUUGCAUCAGCUCCAGCCACGGCCUUGGGAUCGAAUACAAAUCGUAGAAAGCGAAAGGCACGAACGGAGGUCUCAUCUGACGAAGAGAGCAGUAGCGACAGUAGCGAGAGUGAAAGAGAUUAGGCAUCUCCUCGCCCACCAACUACCGAUAAGGCUGCUCUGAGCACUUGUGAGCAAUAUAUCAAUCCGUAUAAUAUGUCCUUUAGCGCCGCCAAAGAACGGCCAAAAUCGAAGCAGAUGACAGUUUCCGCGGCCAUCUCCAGCGGGAUGCAACCGACAUCGAACGGCCAUGCUCUCAAUGGAAAGGCAAGAUACCAUGGCAGACGGGGCAUCUUCGACGACGCUUUCCUCGAUAUGUACAAACCGCGGCCAAUGUGGUAUCACGAGGCAGCGCCUAAAGAGGAAAGGGUGAGAAGUCGGGUCUAUGAGGGCUCACCUCCCUCACGGCUCAGCGGGGCAUGGGAGUAGCAUCAAAGACGACUCGAUACACAACCAUCAUUAGAGUCUUUACCGGUGUCCCAGCCACAGCGCGGCACGGCUCAUUGUUUU